GUUUGAAUUUCGGUUCGCACCACGAGUAGACUCUUUGCCUGGGUCUAUACUACGUUCACUGUCAAUGAGUUGCGCUUGUUAUGCAGCAGCAGCAGCCAUUGGAUGCUUUUGAAUUUGCGCCAAUUUCGAGGAAAUGCCCAUGGCUUGAAGAAUACCUUCGAAGGUCAACGCUGGGGUAGUACACCUUGCAGCAGAGCGAGCACUGCUGCUGCUGUCAAAUCCAAUAUAUCGCAUGCAAGCUCGUCAAAUGGAAUCCAUCGGGAUGCGAAGGAUGAGAAGAAUAAGAAGCGAAAAGGAACGACAAGUCAAGAAAAAUCGAACGGCAAAGGCGUGGAUGUGCGCAGUGAACGGUCAAGCAAGAAUUAUAUCAAUGCGCGGAGGAAUCACGGGCUCAAAUCGAAUUCACAGUACCAAGUCACAACCCGUUGUUAUUCUCAAUAGAACGUUUUAUCGCAUCUCAACCAUCCAAUUCGCAGCUAGACUCGUUCAUUCACCGUCGAUUGUCCUCGCCACAAUACCUCCAGCAAUAUACUC